AUGCAGGCCGAUGGCGAAUCAGUCUCCGCACCUCCAGUGGUUAUGCAAGAGAUGAUAAUCCAUGAUUCACCGCUGAAACUCGAGCAUCAACAGGCACAUACCUUCUAUGGGCAGAAUGUCGCCGUUUUUCACAGCAAGAGCAGGUCACUCAGCUCCUCUGACGCGGACACCACCUCCGACAUGGACUCAAGCCAUACAGGACGAUUCACUGCAGAUUUUGCAAAACCCACACGCAGUAUCUCUGAAUAUGCGCAGCAGGCGGUGCCAAUUCACGUCCAACCUCCACCCACAAAAAUAGAAUUCAUUUCUCACCCGUAUUCUUCGGAACGGAGGAUUGUCCUGGAAAAUGUCCACAACCUCGAGCCCUGGACACAACCUUCGUUCAUCCCACUUCCCGAUUACGUCGUUCGCUACCUUCACGAUGUCGACCUGGUCGAAAUGCCGAAGAAAACCGAAUUCGAGGCCGGUCUGCAGGUAUUCCGAAAGAACAUGAUGGAACCGCUCAGAGAGACGGCUUUUUUUCCUGCAGAUCGGUAUGCUGUAGUUGCGCGGUCGCUCGCUACGGGUGACAUGUCGAUGCUAUCUGAUCGCGUUCGCUCUUGGGCGCUGGUGCAUCGCCUUUCCUCUGUCUCUGACAAAUACAACGUCAUCCUCGUCCCCCGGGACUCUGUCUAUUCAAUGGACGCAGCAAGCGCAGAGACGCACCGCCAGCAAUUUGUCACCGACCUGCUGAGUGGGAAAAAUGGCCCAGAUCACCUCCAGUAUCAUCAUUACGACCGCCUGCCAGUGCAGAACCAGCUCUACGAUAUUUUAACUUAUGUGCAUCGUUCCCAUCUUCCUGCUGCCCAGAUGCUGAUAGAAAUUGACCGUCUGAGAUUCGCCUUUAUCACCUGGCCAAUGGCAGAAAUGUAUGUCAGGAUGUGCCCACUGUGCAAUAUGCGCGCAAAGCAGUUGCAGGAACAAACACACCAAAGCAUCUCCGCAGCCUAA